AUGGCCUCCGCCCUACCGCCACCCUCUGUCUCUUCUUCCUUCUCCGCCGCAACCACCCACCCCAUGAGCCGCACCGACAGCGGCUUCGCAGAGUCUUCGCCCCCGGCGCCGGGGUGCCACCGACGCGCCUCGUCAACCUCGACCUACGACACGGCCGUGGCGGUGGCAGAGGUUGCGUCGUCGUCGCGGCGCUGCUCGUCCAGCUCCGGCGUGGCAGCAAUCCCGAAGUCUGACAGUAACACCACCACGACCACCACCACCGCCGCCAAGCUGCACGCUCGCCCGCGUGCGCGUGAGCAUCCCCCCACUUCGUCCCACGUGCUGCAUCCCCGCUCCGCCUCCACUUCGACAUCGACCCGCCCCGCCCGUCGCGCCACCGGCACCUCGUCGUCGACAUCGUCGUCGUCUCACCACCACAUCCAGCACCAACAACACCAACAACAACAACACCACCUACAUCAACGGCCCAUCAGCCGCCGCGCCUCGACCGCGCCCCAACUAGGGAAUUCCUCUUUUACCUCGUCCUCAGCCCACACCCACACCUCCAACAAAACCUCGUCUUCGACCUCGUCCUCGCGCCGCCGCUCCCGCGCCGCCCGCCCCGCCCGCAUCGACACCGCCCACGCAAACGCAAACCCCGACGCCCUGUACGCGCUGCACGCGCGCAGCUGCCGGCUCUUCUCGCCCGCCGUGGCACCAGCCGUGAGCGUCAGCGUCAGCGCGCCGCAGUCGCCGGCCUUUCCCGCCGCGACAGCGGCGUCCCCGGGCGUCGUGCCCAAGUCGGCGCAUCUGCCGCUGGCGGCGCUGAGCCUGCCGCUGCCGCUGCCGCUGCCGUUGGCGCGUCCUGGUGGGAGCAGCACGCGCGCCUCGUCCUCCUCAACGGCAGACGCAGACUCCGCUGCGUUCCUGCACCCGCACACCGCGUACGCUUGCACACACACCUACGCCAGCAACGCGCCUGCGACGCCGACGUCCACGCUCCUCUCGCCCACCACGCCCACCACGAUCCACUGGACCUCCCCCCGCACGCGCCGCGCCCAGUACGCCGCCAUCGACCGCUCUUCGCGCGGCGCGAGGGGGUUGCUGCGCCGCGCCGUCAGCGUCGUGGUUGCUGGUGGGAGAGGGAGGAAGCGGGGUGGGUUCUAUGCUGAUGCGGACGGCUCGGGGAUGAGGUGCGCGAGUGGUGGUGGCGGUGGCGGUGGUGCUGGUGAGAGUGGGGGUGGGGAAAAGGGGGACGAGGACGACGUCGAUGACGGCUGCAGUGUGAGGCGGUAUCGCAUCGCGCUGCCCGAGCCGGAUGGGGACGGUGGCGGUGGGGACGGCGACUGCGAGUGGGGGUAUGGGGCCAAGUGGCGGGGGGUUGAGCGGCGCGAGGGGGAGGCGGAGACGGAGACGGAGAGGUGCGUCAAGGGGCCUUGUUUGCGUGGGGGUGUGGAUUUGGGCUUGAAGGAAUUGAAAGGCGCGUCUUUGGGCGGGUUGGCCGGUUUGGGGGGCUUAGGGGGGUUGCGGCCGCGCGGCGCGAGGCGGUGGAGUAGCUGGGGGUGUUUUUGA